UAGAUAUGAGUUUGAUAUAAGGUCGGGUAAAUGUUUGUGUUUUUCAUGGUUUCAGGGGGGAGAAGAUGAUGCUUCUCUUGAAGAUGUCAGUCCAGCAAACUAACUGGCUUGUGAGGACGAUGCCCGGUCUAAGAUCCUGGGACUAAGGCGUUAAUCCCUUCACACUGAUGGCCUGGACUGAGUUUCAGCUGGCCUGCUGAAGCUAUGGGGAGCUGUUGGAGCUGUCUGUACAGAGACCCCAUCAGAGACAACCAUCUCACCAAAUUUAAGGUCACCAAUGUGGACGAUGAGGGCAACGAGCUUGGUUCUGGGAUCAUGGAGCUCACCCAGACUGAGCUCAUUCUUCACACACGUAAGAGAGACGCCAUUCGGUGGCCGUAUCUCUGCCUGCGCCGUUAUGGCUACGACUCCAACCUGUUUUCUUUUGAGAGUGGCCGUCGAUGUCAGACCGGGCAGGGAAUAUUUGCAUUCAAGUGUUCCCGGGCAGAGGAGAUUUUCAAUCUGCUGCAGGAGCUGAUGCAAUGUAACAGCAUCAACGUGGUGGAGGAAUCCAUGAUGAUGAGUCGCAGUGGUCACACACCAGAGAUGGAGAUGUCUCGCACGCCACAAACUCCCAACACUCCGGGGUUCCCUGUUCAGGCUUUCCCCAACGGAUACCCUGGUUAUCCAAUCAGGGGUGAUUCCUCUCAACCCUCUCUUGCUGAUGAUCAUGGACAUAGCCUCAUGGGUUUGGAAGACCAGACCCACACCUAUGUAAACACUGUUAGUAUGGAGGGGGAUCUCUCUAUGCGCCACUGUGUGCACUCUUUGCCUGAGGUGAGACCCAGCACCUUCCCAGAGACCGCACGGGGGUCUAUGCCUGUGGGGGGCCAAGGGAAUCUGCAGUCCAAUCUGAGGCACUAUCCCCUGGAGGAGCACAAUGACCCUCAGGUGUUCUUACAGCCAACCUCUCAGGAGGUCAAAUUCAUGCUGGGUCCCACACCAGCACAGCGCCAUCUGCUGGAGAGAGAGAGGGAGAGAGAGAGGGACAGGCAUGGGCACAACCCUCACAAUCUUCAGCCAGUAGAGGGUGCAACAGGCUCAGAGACAGAGGGGGAUGAGCCUUCGAUGCACUUGUGCAACUCUCACUCCUAUCAUCAUUUCCACCACCAUGCACACCGGCAUCCAGGCCUUGAGCAUCCGGACAGCUGCCAAAGCGGAGAGUUCACCUACGAGAACAUCAAUGACCUGAGGAGCGGUAGGAAACAGCGGCUGAGUCCCAGCAGUGUGUCGCAGUCUGUCGGUUCAAGCAGCAGCAGCAGCACGGGGGACAGUCACUCUCACUCCCUCCAGCACCUGCAUGUCCACGGCCCCUCUUCCCUGCCUCCACAGGGCUACGCCUGCGAAAGGGGCAUGGGUGGAGGUCACCGUCGGACAGCUCUUCUCAACUAUGAGAACCUGCCUUCUCUGCCCCCAGUAUGGGAGUACAGUGCCCUUCAGCGGGACGAGGAGCAGGAGGAGGAUGAUGAUGAGCAAGAAGAGGAUGAAUACGAGGAAGAGGAGGAAGACUUUGAUGAGUAUGAAUUCUCAGAAGGUCCUGGGACUCCAAACGGAUAUCACCAGGACAGUCGGGGCAUCCACAGAGACGCCCUGCAGAACUAUGUCAACACAGAGCAGGUCCAGCCGCCUCGGCUUCGACACGCCUGUCCCCCACAUCCUCGGCCGUGUCAGCCAGAUCAAGGGGGGCGAAUAUUUAGCUUUGAUUUCCGCAGACGUUCAAGGUCAGGUGUGGGAGGCUGUGAGCACGGCCACAUGCCUCCAUCACGGCAGCUGAACUACAUCCAGGUGGACCUAGAUGGUGAACCUCCCUGCCAAGCCCUCGGCGGCGGGGUUGCCCAAAACCAGCCACAGCACCAGCGCCUACCACCCAAAAAAUGUGGCCCGCAGGCACCCCGGCGCAGCGAAUGCUACGCAGUCAUCGACCUAAAGAAGACAGCUGCCAUGUCCAACCUGCAGAAAGCUCUGCCUAGGGAUGAUGGGACUUCCAGAAAGACUCGCCACAACAGCACAGACCUGCCUCUGUAAACAGUGUUCAGACUGAAGAGGAGUGAUGAAGACAGAGGAAGGCUUAUUCGCAUCUUAGCACACUGGACCCUUCACUGUCAUCCAUCCAUUCAACUGUCGGGCUGACUAAUACAGUAAAGGUACCUAAUUAGAAACGUACUGAAACCUCUGUGCAUAUAAAAGGAAACAAGAAAUCUCUGAGGAGAAUUUGCCAUUUUGUUCUAUUUAUUAGAUAUGUGUUGUGGAGCUCUCGAGAAAUUUGCAGUUUUUACUGCAAUUACUGUUUGCUGGAUUAAUAAUUUAAAGAUAUAUAUAAGAAUAAAAUCAUAUAUAUGUAUAUGAUUUUAUGCCAAUGACUGAGAGCAGAGACCUCAGUUUUCAGUGGAAGCAGUCAUUGCCAUACUGUUUGAGCAAACUUUUUUCUUCAACCCAUCUCGUACCUAUCCUCUAGUUUUUCUUAUUCUAUAUGGUUCUUUAUUUAAAUACUGUGGGAGGGAAAAAUGACACCCUAUUUACAGAAGAAGUACAACUGUGGUUGGAAAGAAGGAUGUUAAUGGUUCAUCCAUAAUAAUGGCCAAAAUUCAUACCUCAUCACAAGCAUCAAAGCCUACCAUUGUGGCUGGUAAAGAGAGCAUUGUUUGUUUAAUUAUGCCUACAAAGCAUUUUGCACACAAUCCAAUGGAAUUGUAUUUUAUCAUAUUUUAGGAAUGGUGUUGUCCAAUACAAGAGAUGAAAUAAAUGAAGAGAACAUAUGGAUAAAUAUUCCAAACUGAACGACGGUAAAAGUAGCACACGUGGUUUUAAAAGGAGCUUCUUUCUGUCCGCAUGCAGCAAAUGAAAAGUAGCAUAUCAUCUUUGAUCACUUCUCCUGCCUGUCAUGGUAGACUCGCAGGAGGUCCACGCAGUUUACGCUUGACACGUUGCACUUUUGACCCUGGGUUAUUGAAGUGCUCACUCUCAUUCCUCUGUAGCCACAGGGCUCCACCGUGUCCUUUUUACCAAAAGCAGGGGGCCAAAUAUCUCAUUCCUAGUCAGCAUUGUAGAUACAUGUUAUUGACGUGUUUUUGUUAAGACAUCAACAACCUCAAAGAGUGGCAUUAAGCUAUAACCUCACAGAAAAUGUGCUGAAUCUUUAAUUUAUUUGUUAGCAGCUGUGAAAGGUCUGUUUUAAAGGGUUAAUCAAGUACAUUGCAAAGACGUGCAGUGAAGUAUUUGCCUGUUUAGUCAACCUCAUUGGGUUGAUAUUUAUUUAUUUAUUUCAUUAUUUAUUUAUUCAUUUUUUUUCAUUGUAUUUUUUUUUUCAUUGUGAUGACCAGCGAUUUUGAAUCCAGUUGGUAAUACGGAGACCAAAGUUUCACCUCAAAUGAUCACUGGUGUUUUACUGUUAUUACUGUGCUGAAUUAUAUUUCAAAGAGAUAACUGUAUGUACGUUUGAAGUGCCAAAACUUAAUUGCAAACUGUAUGAUGACUAAAAUCCAACCACCAUAGGGGCAGAGGUGCAUAAGGUCGGAACGAUCAGCAGACAUUUAAAAAAAUUAAAUUAAAUAAAUUCCAAGAAGAAGCAUUCAUUAACACUGCACAUUCCUUACAUCCACAUGACAGCACCCCCCCUGGAGCGAGAUAAUCACAGUUAGGGCGGUUCUGUGCUGCCACAUAUACAUACCGCCAGUAGUCUCUGCAAGCUAUACAGGUUCCUGUCAGAAUGAAACAUGUAACUAAAACCUCUGAGACUAACUUUACCAUAUUGUUCAAUACAUUUACUUAGAAGUAAUUUUGUUGUGUUCUUCUGAGGCAACUUUCUUAGCAGUGAAACUAUAUUGAAUAUUUCAUAAAUUUGGCCAUUUAGUUGAGAUUUCUUUCUUGUCAAACUGGCUGUCUGGUAGGAGAAAUAAUGGAAGCACAGGCCCACUGAUGCCAUCAUCUUUUUGUAACACUCGUAUUUAGUUGAUUUCAGCGGAUCAAAGAAUGUCAAAUGCAUAUCAUCAUUUAAAUAAUAUAGCAAGUCUUUCAAUUUUGAUCAACCCCUUGUUAAGUCUUUAAAAUGUCAGGAACCAAAUGCUCAAAGCUGUUUAAUCGAUAUUAUUAAUUAUAGUUACAAUACAAGACAAUGUCAGAGCACCUGACAGAGUGGAGACGGCUGUUGUAUCUCACUUUGUACUAGAGCUCGACGGAUUAAUCCGCCAGCCAAUAAUAGCGGCCCAUAUUAGCAUAUCCAGUGACUAUCGGUAUAGGCUACUUUAUCGCAGACAUGUGCCGAUAUUACUAGAUUCAUUCACCAGUCUAAUAGAAUUUCAUUUGAGUUUCAUUGUUUUACACUAACAGUUCUUUUUUCACCAGCAGAAUGUUGUGACCAUCUUUUCUUCAUGAUAUAUCUUUUCAAGUGUUUGAUAAUUGCUAUUAAGGGAUCAACAAAAAAGAUAUCAGACGAUUUAUCGGUAUCCGACCUUUUCUCUUCCUAAUAUCAAUAUUAGUAUCGGUCCCCAAAAUCCUGUAUCGGUCAGGCUCUGUACAACAUCACGCCGGCUCUGAUUUGUGUCACCCUGUCUUAUAGAAAUCAGUUUCAAUCACAGUUUUGGUUAAACUCGUAGUCUCUUAAACUACUUUGUAACAAUUUCAAGAUAAGGGUUUAUUACAUGAACAGACUGCUAGGCUGUUGUACCUGCAUCAUUCUUUGUACAAUGUAAUUAUAAAAAAGUGGGCAGUAUCAAUAUUGAUUUAAAAAAAGAAGAAUAAUUAUACCCAUCCCUAAGCUUAACCGUUUCACCCUGCACGACAAGCAUAACUUUAUGUUCCUGAACCAUGCACUAAAGGAUUUUCCAGUUCAGGCCUGAUGUCUUUGAAGGUGUGGGCUUCUGAUUCCUUUAAUCUUCUGCUGGUCAUGCCAGUGCUCCUACUUUUGUAGUGGCUUUUUUUAAAUUCUCUUCUCAUCCUUUGGAAAACUAUUGAAUUUAGUUUGAUUCAUGGAAGUUGAUAAGAACAUUUUUGUUCCAAGUUUGUAAAGAUUUUUGGGGACUGUAUGUGAAAGUCAACCCUGGAUCAAAUUAUUUUGGAAAAAAAAUCAGUUUGCUAUAGUCUGUUUACAUUUUUCAGUCUCUCAGCAUUACUUACACAUUUUGUUUCACUGAAUUUUUGUCGGUUUAUUCGAUUGAAUUUCCACGCUAAUUCUCCUUUCAAAUUGUUAGGAUGAAGUUGGGCUAUCAGAAAUUUGUGCCAACAAUUAAAUACAGCCCAUGGUGCCAUGUUAAAAAGCGUUUUUUGUCUAACAUACAGUUACAAUUUUAAUAUAUAUUUUUUUAUGGUAAGAUAAAAGUGGAUUGAAAAAACAUAUGCUUUGAAAAUACUCUCUUUCUAAUGUGCUUCUUUCGAAUGGAAAAGGUAUUUCCAUUUCAUGGCUAUUAUUUACUGGCAGCUUGUGAUUACUUUCUUCAUUCCUUCAUCGUACAUUGAUUAAAUUAUUGUAUUGUAUUAUAUGUAAAUCAGAAUUUCCCUGAACAAUGUGAAGUCUUCAAAAAAGUUUGAUUUGUCUUAAUCCUGAACCUAGAAAUUCAAUAUACAAGGAUGUAGAAUGGGAAAGAUCUUAAUAAAUGAGCAAAUGUUUUAUCAGAGAGCAAAUUCUUGAUGUGACGUCAUGUAUUGUGAAACAGUAUAAAGAGCCUUUUGUCUAGUUUUCCAUGUGAAAAGACACACAGGAACUUCAAAUUUCUCUGAAUCAAAAGUUGAUCAUUAUCAUAGCUGAUUGUAUAUUUCCAAAUGAAAAAAAAAUUCUAUAAAACGACAGACAACUUUAAGCUGACCCUUCUGACUGACAGAUGCUACAUUGGAAGAGUAUUUACAUUUUUGCAAUAAUAGGUGAAUUAUUGUUUUGUUGAUCUAAACCUGACCAUGUGUCAAAUUUAAAUAGUAGUCCAUUUAGCUGUGGCCUAAACAUACUUAGCUGCUCUUCGGUGAGUCAGCAUUCAUAUUUUAAUUUCAGGGUACAACUUUUACUUUUCAGUCUUUAAAGUUCAAGUAAAGCUAUGAAAGUAAAACAAACUAAAAUGCCCUUUCCGUUGAUUGUCAGAGACUGUUUGCUUACACUCACAUUACCUGUGCCAUAUUGUAGUUCCUUAAAUUAAAAACAUGUUUUUGUAGUAUGCCUUUCAAACUGGUGGCGAUGGUUCAUACAGGAAUUAGAAAGUGUUUCAGACGAUUUUGCAGAUUAAUGUGGUUUUAUGUUCAUUUAAAAUAAAAUCCAUGUUGACACAUGGACUGCUGCAGUCAACAGUGAUUGCAGCAUUAAUACCAUGAACCUCCUGCCCUGUGUUUACGAGUUAACAAUACAAUUAAGUUGUUAACCUUUCCUGUUUUUUUUAUUGCUCUCAAGUUCAAAAUUCAGCCUGUGAAUCAUAAAUAAUUGGCAUGUCAUCUCAAGUAUUUCAAUUUUGCAUCUCCCAACGUAUAUGCUCAAGGCACAUUGGAAAAAUAAUUAUAGCUGUUCAUUGAUGUGAUCUGCUCUGCUUGUACAAUCUGCAGGGCGAUAACUACUGUUGUCAUUUAGUUCCCCAAACUAGAUUUAUUGAACAUGUUGUUUUUACCAAAAGGGCUCGCUCUUUGUUUACUGUACAAACAUUAACACGUACCUUGAAGUCAAUUUAAAGAAAUUUCUCACUGUGCCUUUCAUAUUCAUUCCUCAAGCAUUUUCCAUACAUAUGUAGUGGAGGAGAAGCCUGUUGUUAAAAAAACAUAAAAGCCUUUUACAAAUGAUGACGUUUUAAGGGGCUUUAAUCAAAGUGGUGUCAUUCUUCAGGUUGUUUUUCAUAUUUGAAGUUGUGUUUGUAAGAAAAGUGCCAAACUCUCUAUUGUUUAACAUCAAACUGUGUUUGAAAGUUGUCUGUUUAUAAUACUAUUUUGACAUAUUGGACGAUAAUGCUUAUUCUCUUUCUUGCACAUUAAGAGAUCGAUGCCACUCUCAUGUCUGUCCUGUAAACCUGAGACAUAUAAGAGAUGUCUUUAUCAGCUGCGCAUUCAUAAAAGGAUCAAGGGAAAUGGCUAGCCUGGCUAAAAAUUUGCCCACCAGCAACCUUUAAACUUGAGAAUGAACAUUUUAUGUCUUUAUUGUAAACAUCUUGGCUUUAUUGCUUUUAGCCUAGCUUAAAUAACUAACUGACGCCUAAAUAUGACACUACUGGCAGAAAGUUAGCUUAGCUUAGCAGAAACACUGGAAUCGGGGAAACACCCAACCUGACUCAAAUAAUGCCAACCAGCAUGCCUAAUCUUACAAAUUUACAGAUCCUAUCUCCUCUGUUUAAUCCAUUCUGAAGCCGUAUUAUAAGUAAAGUGUUACAUUUACAGUGCUUUUUGGGGACAUAAAUUGACAGCAGAAACUCCUGAAGGUCGUUAUGUUUGGUCAAUUUGCAUGGUGCUCAUUCUCAUUCAUUCACAUUUUUAAAGAAUCCUGUAUGAGUGGUGUCUGUUGAAAUUUGUAAGAAAGCAAAAGGCUUAUUUCCCCCAAAUAAUGAACUGUGUCUUCUAGGGUAUUGCAAAAGCGAACUGAAUGAACCGUCAUUUGUUAGGAUGACACGAAACAUCAUUUAAAUAUGUAGAGUGAAAUGGCCAAAGUGAAUGUGACUGAAAAAGGUAUUAAAUCAUGACUAGUAUGUUCUGUAGCAUAUAAUGUUCAUUUUGAGUAAAGGCAUUAUUGUGUUGGUUACGUUAUGGUCACGUGGCUAUGGUGCACUCCAUGACUGUGAUUUGACAUCAGCUGCAUUUCUUCUUUAAGUGCUGGAGAAUGUGAAGUUAGAAUUUUAUUUAUUUUAUUUUUCAAAUCCUGUUCUCAUUUGUAACCACUUUAAAUGUUUAAGAAAAUACAGAUUACAUGACUAUAUAAAGAACAGAAAGAAAAGCCAGCAACAUAGUUUGCACAUCAUUGCUACACAUCAUUUUCUGUGGUUUUUCAUGUCAUCUCUGAAAAAAAAAAAAAACUACCACAGGAAAUCAUAACCCAAAUGCCAUACUGUAAAACAUCAACCUCUUGUCCAUGCUAUAAUACUCAAAGUAUCAGAAAACUGUAAUAUCUCUUCUUAUUAUUAUUAGUGUGAAUUUUUGCAAAUCAUUUUGUUUGUCUGGUACAACAGUUUGCUAACCACCAGAGGGAGAUGUAAAUGUACAGGUCAGAGCUGUACAUUUUUGUGACAGAUUUGUGUACUUACAUACAGGUUGCAUUGGUCUAACUUUGUGACUUAUAUAUCAAUCUCUGAAUUGACUUGAGUGCCAAAUAUGCUUGAGCAUGACAAAAUCUGGGACCUACAAGGAACUGCAGGUACUCCAGGUCUCCUCAAGUGAGACUCCAGUGACUCACUACUGUUGUAGACUACUUGCGAUAUGAAUGCACACCUGAAGGUUUAACCAUGCAAAAUAUUUUUUGCUGAAAGAGGAAAAACUUAAUUUUGUUUCUGAUUAAGUUUUUUUUUUUUUUUUUUUAAAUCAAAGAUUUGUUGUAUGUUUCUGUGUUCAUCCAUUGCUUAUAUAAAUGAGUAUGCAGUAAUGGUCUUAACAUGCUUCCAUUAGAGGUGAAUAUAAAAAGCUGAUUGGCUCCAUUGAAUGAACUGUCAAAAAGAAGAGUUGGGUCAUUUCAUUUUUACAUCAUUUCACACAGAAAUUUGUUGUGUUAUCUUACGACUUCUUCAUCCUAGCCUGUCCCAAAACAAAAUAAGCUUGACAUAAGGUGAAUUUUUUUCCAUGAAUUUUAUCAAUUAUACAGUGUGGAUUUGUCCAAAAUGUACAAGUAAAUGUAAUUCUAAUAUUAAAAUGAAGCUAUGAAAAUA